AUGUAUUUGACAAGUGUGUUUACAAGAGCUUAUGUUGGAAAAAAUGAUAAAAACAUUUGACAAAUUAGAAAUCUCACUUAAGAAGCAAAGAACUACGUCGUGAAGUUGCCAGGACAGAUUUUGACAUCUGUUCGAUACCGAUGUAUAGGAUUUGAUUCUAUGUGAUAUGACGGAGUACGCCAUGACUAGAGACCAGUUCAACUAGUAAAUAAGCCUGUACUGUUCGGUCCUAUUUUUUUCCCAUGGUAUGGCUCGAUUCUCAAUGAAAUGAUUGCCGAGAUUCUCAUGUAGGGCGAAUCCAUGGCUCCUUGGAAUGCCAUGAAAGGUGUUGUAGGGUCAAACAACGGUCCGCAUAGGGCGCAACAAGGGCUUGAAGAAGUGCUUCGUCGACAUUUCUACCCAGGAGCGGACGAGUUUUCAGGCUGCCGUUCAGAAACUAGCCCUCGCUGAAAAUUCAAACAAUACACGCGGAAAAGCUCCAAAUAA